AUGGAGAUGGUCCUGGACUGGCGCUCGCUGGGCUCGCUGCUGGCGACCGUGGUGGUGUUCCGCACCGCGCUGCGCGACUUCCUGCCGCCGGAGGCCCAGACGCUGCUGCGGCGCUUCCUCGCGUGGGUGGCCGCCGCGUUCCGCCCGCCUCACGACACCAUCCUCAUCGACGAGGCGGACGGGCCCACGGGCGGAGCAAUCAACGACCUCUACGACUCGGCGCAACUCUACCUGGGCGCGCGCUGCCUCGCCACCGCGCCCACCGUGCGCCUCCACAAGCCGCACCAGUCGCCGCGCCCCGUCGCGUCGCUCCCGGACUCGCACACCACCCACGACACCUUCCGCGGGGUCCACGUCAAGUGGACCUCCACCGCGCGCACCGUCGACCGCGGCUCCGGCGGCGGGGGCUACGGUCACCCGUACAACAUGUUCGGCGGCCGCGGCGGCGGCCAUGGCGACCAGCGCAGGCUCGAGCUCCAGUUCCCGCGCCAGCACCGGGACCUCAUCCACGACCACUACAUCCCGCACCUCAUCGACGAGGCCACCCGGAUGCGCCUCAAGUCGCGGGAGCGCCGGCUCUACACCAACCGCGCCACGGGGCCCGGCGACUUGGACCACCACCGCCUCUGGACGUCGCACGCCUUCUCGCACCCGUCCACGUUCGACACGCUCGCGCUCGACCCGGCGCUGCGCGAGGAGAUCCGCGCCGACCUGCUGCGCUUCGCCGCGCGACGGGACCACUACGCGCGCGUCGGGCGCGCAUGGAAGCGCGGGUACCUGCUCCACGGACCGCCCGGCACGGGCAAGACCAGCCUCGUAGCCGCCAUCGCCAACCUGCUCGAGUUCGACGUCUACGACCUGGAGCUCACCACGGUGCCCACCAACUCCCACCUCCGCCGCCUGCUCGUCUCCACCACGCCCAAGUCCGUCGUCGUCGUCGAGGACAUCGACUGCUCCCUCGACCUCUCCGACCGCAACAAGAAGAAAAAGAAGGGCGGUGGGAGCAACGUCGGCGCCGACAACGACGAAGACGCCGCGGCGCAGCUCGCCGUGAUGUCGGUGUCGCCGGCCGCCGCAGCAGCCAUAGCCGUAAUGGGGCGGGAGUCCAUAAGCCUCUCCGGGGUGCUCAACUUCGUGGACGGCCUCUGGUCGUCCUGCGUCGGCGAGCGCCUGAUGGUGUUCACGACCAACCACCCGGAGCGGCUGGACCGGGCGCUGCUCCGCCCAGGCCGCAUGGACAAAAAGAUUGAGCUCGGCUACUGCACGCCGCCCGCGCUGCGCGUCCUCUCCAAGAACUACCUCGGCGUCGGCGACGAGGGCUGCGAGGACGCCGACGCGGACCCCGACACCGUGAACACCCUCAUGGCCGAGGCCGAGGGCCUGCUCGCCGCCGCCGAGGUACAAAUCACGCCCGCCGACAUCGGCGAGGUGUUCAUGGGCUGCGACGGCGAUGACGCCGCCUGCGCGCUGAGGAAACUCGUGGGCGAACUGCGGCGGCGGCGGGAUUCUACCGCGGCCACGGCCGUAGCACCGGGCAAAUCGAUAGAGGACACGACGGAGUGA